CUGAAGUAGAGAAAUUCAGUAACAUGUGGUUUUUCAUUCAUAUACAACAUAACCUUCUUGUUGUAUUUGCUAUUUCAUUAUUGUGAGAAGGAUAAACUUUAUUUUUUGUAAUUUGAUAAUUUUGAUUUCCAAAGAAAGAUAAUACACGUUUCCAUGAUUAUUUUACAUAAAAAAUUAAUGGAGUAUUGUAUGUCAGAGGAGUCAGUUUAUAGUAUCUAAUUAUUUGGCUCAAAGUUUUAAUUAUUUCGUAUAUAAUGUUUACUCUAUUCAAUGGCGAUAACUCUGAUUCUGAUGAAGAAUUAAAAAUAAAUAUAGAUUAUGCCAAAAAUUAUAAUAAUUGGCGACAGAAGGAGGAAUUAAAUAAACGAGUUGAGACAGCAAUUCGAUAAAGAUUUUUAUAAGGCACUAUCCUUUCUAAAAAAUAAAGAUCCAAAAAUUUAUGAUCAAGGUGUAACAUUUUUUGGUGACACUAAUAAAGCGCAAAACGUUUAUACAAAGAAGAAACAGCAAAAACCUAAGGAAACAAAGGCUGUUUUUCUAAGAGAUUAUGAAAGAAACAUUAUUGUGGAAAGAAAUGGAAAGUUUAGUGAUAGUGAAGAUGAAAAUGUAUUGGAAACAGAGAAAAGGGAAAGUAAUAAAGUCACAUAUGUACAAGAGCAGAAAAAGUUAAAAGAGAGUUUCAAAAAUGUAUUGCAUGAUGAGGAAGAAGAAGAUAAUGAUGAUUUGCUAAAGCCAAAAGUUAAAUCUGAAAAUGAAAAAGCAAAAGAAGAUGCUGAUUAUAAGGAAUGGUUGAAAGGGCAAAAGACAGAUAUAAAUGAAAAUGAACAGGAGAUACUCAAACCUUUGCGCGAUUUUUGGUCUAAUCCUAAUUUAGAUGCUAAUGAAAAAUUUUUAAGAGAUUAUGUGCUUAAUGACAAAUAUUUAGAUAAAAAGUAUACAGGGCUGGAUGAUGAUAAUGAUGAUGAUCAAAGCAAAAAUUACAUAAUUCACGACAGUGAUGAAAAUUUGUCGGAAGACGAAAAAAACAUCGAAAAGCAAGAAGAAUUUGAACAUAAAUAUAAUUUUAGAUUUGAAGAACCUGAUCAGGAAUUUAUUAAACGAUAUCCGCGAACCAUGGAGAAUUCUUUAAGAAAAAAGGAUACUCGUAGGGCCGAGAAAAGAGCAGAAGUGAAAAAGAGAAAGGAAGAAGAGAAGUUAAGAAAGAAAGAGGAGCUUAUGCAGCUGAAGGCAUUGAAGAGAAAAGAAAUCGAAGAAAAGAUUGAAAAAUUGAAAGAAAUCACAGGGAAUGAUGAUAUUCAAUUUAAUGAUAUCGAUUUGGAGGGUGAUUUUGAUCCUGUCGAAUAUGAUCGAAAAAUGAAUCAAAUUUUUAAUGACGAUUACUAUGCAAUUCCUGAGGAGAAUGUUAAACCUGAAUUCCAUGAUAUUGAUGAAGAACUGGGAAUUGAAGAUAAUUGGGAUAAUUAUGAUCCAACAGCAAAAAAUUUUGCGUAUGAAGAUGAAUAUGAAGGACCUCAUUGCGAGGAUCCAGAAUUUAAUAUGGAUGCGGAUUAUAAUCCAUUGAAAAGGGUUCAAGAAGAAAUAGAAUCUUCUAAAAAAAGAAAACGUAGACGAAAGUCCAAGUUCGCAGAACUUAUAGCAAAAGAAAAACCGAAAUUUGAUCCUCAACAAUACAAAUCUUAUGAAGAAUAUUUCGAUAAGUAUUAUUCAUUAGAUUAUGAAGAUAUGAUUGCUGACAUACCAUGUAGAUUUAAAUACAGAAAAGUUGUGCCAAAUGAUUAUGGUUUAAGCAUAGAGGAGAUACUGAUGGCUGAUGAUAAAGAACUGAACAAGUGGUGUUCUUUGAAAAAAGCUCUUCAGUACAAACCGGAACAUGCGGAACUAAAUGACGUUAAAAUGUUUAAACAGAAGGCCAAGAGUGAGGCAUUUAAGAGAAAAAUAUUUACAAGUUUGUACAAAGAAUCUGAGGAUGAAGAAGAGGGAAACAAAAAAGAAAUCACAAAGACCACCUCUACCAUCAAUGGAAGUACAGAAAGAAAAAAGAAACGACGAAGAAAGAAGACAAAGACACAAAAUACUAUGGACGAUUCAUACACUACCGAAAUUAAUCAUGAAACAUCUAAAGAUAAUAAACAACUUAAUGGAAGUAGCAAAGAAAGUAAGGAUAAUGUAGCACAGAAAGAAUCAAAGAAACCUGAGAAACGGAAGCAAGAAGAACAACUAGAGCAACCGAAGAAAAAGAUAAAAAAUAACUUCAAAUCGUCUACAAAUUCAAUCGAAAAUAACCCUCGCGAAGAAAAAGAAGCUACAGAUAAAUCUAUUAAAGUUUCUAAAAAGAAAGUUAAUGGUCAAAGUCACAAUGAGUUGAAUAUCAAACAUUCGAAGAGAGAAAAGUUCAACGAAAAGACGAAGAAAAAAUUUGAUAAAAAGAAGAAAAAUGAUUCGAAGAACAAAGAAAUCAAUAGUGACGUUACUUCACUAGAUCCAGAGAGAUUAAAGGUAUAUGGAAUAAAUCCAAAGAAAUUGAAAAACAAAUUGAAAUAUGGAAAAAAGAAACUGUAACUAUAACAUAUUGUAAAAAUAAAUAUGUACAUAAUUUUUUAUUAA